UAGUUUAUAAUUCUGCGCGUCGGUUUUUACCCAGACUUAAGUAUACCUCACGACCUAACGUUUUCUACUUAAAUAGUGUUGUGCUGCGUUAAGGUUCACAUCACCAAUUCUUUUAUUCUUUAUCAAAAAGAAAAUUUAAGUUUUUUUUUACAAAUACACCAAAAAGAAAUAAAAUGAAAUUAAUUAUUUUAUGUUUAAUUCUAGGGUUACUUCACAAUGCUGAAAUGGCUUAUUUAGAUGUAAAUACAUUUUUUGGAGUUAAUGGAAACUUAACCCAAAUAUCUUGGUCACAUGCUGUUAAUACUCGAAUGUUAUUAAAUCAAGCUUUAAGUUCCAAUAUAAAAAUGAUAGAAGCUGACGUCGUUAUUGGUACUGUAAAUGGAACGAACUUUACAAAUAUUCCUAUUAUGGCUCAUCCUCCCGCAAACACUUCAGAUUUAUCGUUGAAAGAUUUCUUAGAAACAAUACACGCACAUAAUAUACAAAACAUUACAAAUGGCAAUAAAAAGGGUGUUAAAUUAGAUUUUAAAUCUAUAGAAGCUUUAGAAACAGCUGUUCCUAUUAUGGAUAGUUUGUAUAAUAAUAUGACUUAUCCUCUGUGGAUAAACUCAGAUAUUUUAGCUGGUCCAAAAGAAGCAACAGCAAUACCGGUUGAUCCAAUUCGUUUUUUUAAAGCGACAAAAUCAUUUAAAAAUUCAACGUUAUCCGUUGGUUGGACGACAAAUUACGGUCCAAGUAUUACCACAGCUUACACCAAAGAACAUGUAACAACAAUGUUAUCCACCAUAAAAAAUAACAACGUGACUCAACGGAUUACUUAUCCGGUUCGAGCAGGAAUCGCUGCUUCCAGUGUUGAUCAAUUAAGUGAUUUGGUAUCCCAAGGCGACUCUACUUUAACCAUUUGGUCGAGUGAAGGAGAUCCUGUAAAUGUACAAAAUUUGAGAAGUUUGAUCAAAAAGGUUGGAGUAAAGAAAACGUUUAUUGAUGUUCCUGCUAGCCUCGAAAAAGAUUUGAAUUUGGGUGGUUUAGGAGCUGCGGGAUCGUUAACUCCUUCGUUUAUGGGGCUUGUAUCAAUUUUAGGUUUAUUUUUAGUUUUAUAAAAUAUUAAGAAAUAUUUGGAUUAUGUAUUCUAAAAUUAAUGCCUUUUUGCUGUAUUUUUAAAUAAAUAAUUUACAGAAUUUAAAUUAUAGGUUUAUUUCGAUUGAAAACUAAUAUAAUGAAA